AUGCAGUCAUUACGCAACGCCCUUCGCGUCUCCGCCAGGACGACCCUCCAGCGCGGCGCACCCGCACUAUCUCGGCGCGCCCCCAUGGCAGCCGUGACGCCGAUACUGAUCGACCACUACACCAGGCCUCGGAAUCCCGGAUCCAUGGACCGCAAGGACCCCAUGGUCGGCACGGGACUCGUCGGCGCGCCGGCUUGCGGCGACGUGAUGAAGUUGCAGAUCAAGGUUGACAACGGCACCAUCACCGAUGCCAAGUUCAAGACCUUUGGCUGCGGCUCAGCCAUUGCGAGCUCCAGCUACCUGACGGAGCUGGUCAAGGGAAUGCGGAUAGAGGAUGCGGCCAAGAUUCGCAACACCGAUAUUGCCAACAACUUGCACCUGCCGCCAGUCAAGCUUCACUGCUCCAUGCUUGCCGAGGAUGCCAUCCGCGCCGCUAUCGCCGAUUAUCACACCAAGAACCCGCCUACGAACUUGGGCAAGUCUGAGGUCAAGACCCUCGAGAUGGAGAAGUAAAGUGUGUCACGAAAAGAGGAAUUUUGGUUUUUGUUCGUUUGAUUGGUUCAGUCCAGAGGAUUAAAAGUGCUUUGAUGCAUAUCACUCGGACAUAUGGAUAUGGCUGCAAAGCCCGAAAUUCGGGCAAGAAAUCGGGGCCUAGCAGCGGCCACGUCGGUUAAGAACACCACCGGACGUACUGAGAGUUGGCUGAUUGAUCUUCACUCGAUGUAUUUAAUAUUGCAAUGAUACCUCAGUCUUUCUCAUGUAGUAACUGUCACACAUGAUCGCUAGCUGUGUGGACUUCCGAACACUGCAUGUUUGAU